AUGAAGUAUUUAUUGUCGAUUGGGACCACCCACGUAGAAGACUUAAUGCCCGAGUCUGUCAUCUUCACGGCGGAAUUCUUCAACUCUCUUUACGUGGCCACAUUCAUGCAAAGAACUACGUCUCCUGUCACGCUCGUUACGAUGGCGACGUUUGAUAUUUGCCAAGGAGUCAUCCAUCUGUACAAUUUCUACCGCCGCGUAAGUUAA